AUGUCCGGAGGCUUAGACAUUUUACGAUUAACUGCUGACGAUGUUUCAAAGAUGUUAGCUGCUUCUGCUCAUUUGGGCACCACAAAUGUUGACUAUCAAAUGGAGCAGUAUGUAUUUAGGCGAAGAACUGAUGGUGUCCACAUUAUUGAUUUACGCCAAACUUGGGAAAAGUUAUUGAUAGCUGCUCGUAUUAUUGCAUCAAUCGAAAACCCAGCUGAUGUUUGCGUUUUAUCUGCUCGCCCCUAUGGCCAGAGGGCUGUUUUGAAAUUUGCCAAAUUCACCGGUGCCUCACCCAUUGCUGGUCGUUUUACACCUGGUACCUUUACCAAUCAAAUCCAAAAGGCUUACCGUGAGCCACGUUUACUAAUUGUCACCGAUCCUCGUGUUGAUCAUCAGCCCAUAACCGAGGCUUCCUAUGUCAACAUUCCUGUCAUCGCUUUUUGCAACACUGACUCUCGACUACGAUAUAUCGAUGUUGGUAUUCCUUGUAAUAAUAAGGGUGCUCAUGCUAUCGGAUUAAUGUGGUGGUUAUUAGCUAGAGAGGUAUUACGUUUACGCGGUACUAUCUCACGUGAUACUGAUUGGGAGCAUAUGCCUGAUCUGUUCUUUUACAGGGAUCCUGAAGAAGUUGAAAAGGAAGAACAAGCUCAAAAUAAUAAGUGGGCUGCGCCUGAACAAUCACCUGCACUAUCUGCAGCAGUACCUAGCAGUGCAGCACCUGUUGAAGAAUGGUCCUCUAGUCCUUCUAAAGAGACCACUGAAUGGGGCGCAAGCAAUACUGCCGCUGCUGCCAAAAGUAGUUGGAGCAAUGAAACCGGUGGCGAGUGGGGUGCUCAAGAAGGAGGCGAAUGGGGAUCGUAA